AUGGCUUCCACGAGAACGAAGCGAGAGGUACAGAGAUUAACCGGGACAGUCGCAGCGCUCAACCGCUUUAUCUCGCGAUCAACGGAUAAGUGUUUACCUUUCUACGACACAUUGAAGGGAAAUAAGAAAUUCGAGUGGACCGAAGAGUGCGAAAAAGCUUUCCAAAAGCUGAAACGCUACUUGGCCACUCCCCCGGUGCUUGCAAAACCCGUAGAAGGAGAACCACUCUUCCUGUACAUCGCAGUAUCAGUCACGUCUAUGAGCGGCGUCCUCAUCCGAGAAGAACGUAGCGAGCAAAAGCCCUUCUUUUACGUAAGAAAAACUUUGCUCGAAGCAGAAACACGUUAUCCGAUGAUGGAAAAACUCGCGCUUGCAGUCGUAAUGUCAGAACGAAAGCUAAGAUCGUAUUUCCAGUCCCAAACAGUCGUAGUACUCACAUUAUUCCCACUGCGGACAAUGCUGCAUAGCCCCAGUCAAUAUGGAAGGCUAGCAAAAUGGGCAAUCGAGCUGAGCGAGUACGACAUCGAGUACCGAGAGAAACCUUGCGCGAAAUCGCAAGUACUCGCCGACUUCUUAGUAGAACUCCCUACAGGGUGCGAGACUAACCAGGAGCCCAAUUCGUCCUGGACCCUCCACGUCGACGGAUCCUCUUCCAAACAAGGCUCCGGAAUCGGGGUCAGACUCACGUCGCCAAUGGGGGAAUCACUGGAACAAUCAUUCCGACUGAUUUUCCACGCUUCGAACAACGAAGCCGAGUAUGAAGCUCUAAUCGCGGGUUUACGAUUGGCUCACGGCCUAAAAAUACGUAACAUUCACGCCUACAGCGAUUCCCAGCUAGUUGCAAGUCAAUACAACGGGGAAUAUGAAACAAGGGACGAGAGAAUGGAUGCUUACUUAAAACUCGUUCAUAACUUGGAUCAAAGUUUCUAUCAAUUUGCUCUAACUCGGAUUCCUCGUGCCGAAAAUGCACAUGCUGACGCCCUAGCCACCUUGGCAUCUAGUUUGGAUCCAGGUCUGAGCAGAGUGAUUCCCGUAGAAUUCAUAGAGCACCCUAGCAUCGGGCCACCCGUCAUAAUAAACUUAAUCGAUUCACCCGACGGCGAUCCAGACAAAGUCGAUGUCCAGGCAAUAAAGGAUCUAGAACAGUCCGAGUAUGGAUUCGAAAAACCUUGGACAAAAACAAUCCUCGCAUACAUCACCGACGGGAAACUCCCAGCGGAAAAAUGGGCGGCCCGAAAGAUUAAGACCCAAUCCGCGCGAUACGUCUUGGUGGAAGGAGAACUCUACAAGUGGAGAUUUUUUGGACCACUCAUGACCUGCAUAAAAGGAAAGGAAGCACGAAGGAUAAUGGAAGAAGUCCACAUUGGAUCAUGCAGAAACCAUUCGGGCGGAAGAUCCCUCGCAAUCAAAAUCAAAAGCCACAUACACUAUUGGCCGACGAUGAUCAAAGAUUGCGAGAACUUCGCGCAAAUAUGCGAAAAAUGCCAGAGGCAUGCUCCCACUAUCCAUCAACCAGCAGAGGUUCUCUCGUCGAUCUCGGCACCAUAUCCAUUCAUGCGAUAG